AUGUCAACAACCAACAAAAUCAGAAUAAAUCAACUUUCCUCUUCAACUAUUACUACCGAUGUUCAUCAACCUUCACAACAGUCACAACCACAACCAUCGGUUAAACCAUGUUGUGCAUGUCCGGAUACAAAAAAAGCUCGUGAUGAAUGUAUAUUUCAAACCGGAGAUGAAGAAAAAUGCCGAGAUUUGAUUGAAGCUCAUAAAGCUUGUAUGCGUAAAAUUAAAGUGUUAACGGUCUUUGAUAAAUAG